GUCUAGUUAUUUUUGUUUACAUUUAUGUUGUUUGUGAUUCUUUUUCUAUGCGUUUUGUUUCUUUUCCAUAAUAAGCCUUACCAUGGCAUUAGUGGAUAAAAAUCUAUCAUCUUCAUUAAUUCUUGACAAACUUUACGGUUCUAACUCAACUGAGCCUCCUGCUCACGUGUUAGAAUUUGAUGAUGUAGUAACAUUGGCAGAAUUUUCACCAUACCUAUGGUCUCAUGACUUAAUCUGCAUCGCUUUUCCGUCAAAAAUAAUAGUUGCUUCAAUUAAGUUCAAAGAAGAAAAUAACGAUCAAAUAGAACCUCUGAAGUAUGAUGUUGUGAAGAAGUAUUCUUGUUAUGGCCGAGUGCAAGCAAUAUCAUGGAGUCCAGAAACUAACAUUAAAGUGGCACCCAAAACUAUAUUGUUUGCUGUUUCAACUAAUACUUUUGAAAUAAAUAUCUAUGGUUCUGAUGACACAUAUAUUCAUAAAAUUAGUGCCCACCGGAACUAUGUGAAUGACAUUAGUUUUGAUCCAUCUGGAGAGUAUUUAGCUUCUGUGAGUGAUGAUCUUACCUGUAGAAUAUGGUCUGUAAAAAAUGGAUUUACCGAAGCCUACAAAUUCUAUUUGGAUUCAUCUCCCAUAACAGCCAAGUGGCAUAAAGAUGACCCAGGAAAACUUCUUGUGGCUGAAACAUAUGGAGUUGUUAAAGUUUAUAAUGUUCUUGGAGGCACGGCAAUAAUCUCAUUCAGAUCAAAAUUAAGCCCUCUUAUAUCAUUAGACUGGUGUUUAAAUGAUUGCCAACAUAUUAUUGCUAUGUGUGGAGGAAAUCUUGUAAAAUGGAAUAUGAACAAUCCUAGUAUCCCUGCCUAUGAUAAAUUAGUUCAUCCUGAUGGAGGAUUUUUCGCUAAAUAUAUUUCUUUGUCUGAGCAAACCAUUGUUACUUUGGGAACUCCUGAUUUUUCAUUAAAAGUUUUGCACAGGGACAAACCAUAUCCAAAGACUAUUGCUACUAUGAAAUCUGCAUCAAGCCUCACGGUUCAUCAGCAUCUUCCGUAUGUGUGUGUUGGUGUAAAAAAGAAUAUUUAUAUGUGGCUUAUAAAUGAACCAUAGUGUGUAAAUAAAUGAAAAUAAUUUGUUUUAUUUUUAAAAUUAUUAAUUUAUUUCUUAAUUUUUCAACUUUGUAUAAAAUACUGAUUUUAUAAAUUGUAAAGGAAAAUAGUAAACAAAUUUCAAUAAUAGGUAUAUCAAGUUUAUGGUAGUAAUUUGUUCAAAUUUAUUUUGUAAAUCACGCAAUAUAUAAGUUUAUUUCUCUUUUGAAUUUGGAUUUUUUUUAAGAAGAAAAAUCUUGAUCCUUACAAUCUUAGUACUAUCAAUACAUUAAAAUAAAUGAGACAUCUAGU